CCAGCCAUUUUUAUUGGUGGGGAAACCUGUGCGACAGCUCGAGCAGUUGCGCUAACACCCUUCUUCCAUCCUUUCAGUAUCUCUCUCGCUUUGCUUCCCACCUCUUCUUUCUUCACCUCUGCUCUUUCCAAGUGAGAGAAAGCGUCUUUCAUUGGACGUUUUGUUCUCUAUAGGGUUCUUUCCUUUUCCCAUUGCGGACAUUCAACUGCCGUCAUCCUCAUCGUAUCUGGAUUGCCUUGGAAUUCCUCCCAAUCGAGACCCAUUUCGCUGGUUUAUGACUGUAGAGAACAGCAUCGUCUUGUUGAUGUUCAUAGGGUUGAUGUCUUGCAAGUUUUCUUGGUGAUAGAGCUUACAUUAGUUUGAAAUACAAUCCUUUUGGUGCUUAUACAGAAGAAAAAAGGUGUAUUCUAGUACUUAGGGUAAAUUCUGUGAGUAUCCAAAAUGGUAUGUCCAUUUGGCAACAAGAGAAUGGCAACAAUGUCAAGACUUCUUGCAGCAAAAAAUUUCUCACAAACAAUAGCAGAGGAAGUUGGUCGCCAGAAAUUAGCUGCUCAGUACAUCCAAAGAGAAUUUUGUGAGGCGGAUGAAGCCAAUUUGCUUGAUGAAGAAGACAUGCAUGUGUUUGAUUUGAAGCCUAUGACAGAUCCUUUGUAUUUGGUAUGCUGCAAUUCUUGUAAGAAGCCAGUCAAGGUCAGCCAAUAUGUUGCCCAUGCAGAAAUCUGCAGAUCUUUAAGUUCUACUCAAGAAAUUAUGGCAGAACAUGAUAACAAUGGAUGCCGAAAACCUCCAAAGAAGGAAAGGAAGAAGGCAACAAGUUCUCUUGCUAGUAUCCUUACUAUGUUUUGUUAAAAGAAUUCCAAGCUUUUGCCCCAUUUAAUUUAAUGUGGUCUCAUGUUAUUAGUUGGACUCGCUCGUUACAAAGUUAAUCAAUGCAUGUUUUUGUUGGUAGAGAGAAAUUUUGUUUUCCUUUUCUUGCUUUGACCUAGAAAACCAUACAUCAUCCAGUUUAGAGCAAGUACGAUUUGGAUCUGCUGUAACUGAUAAUAUUGCUUUGUCAGAACAUGUUCAUGGAAACACUCUUGGUGUGAACAAUGCAUAUGUCAUGGACAAUUCUGGGAAUAGAGAUUACUCAACAGGUUCCAUGCCACCACCUUCUACAAAACGGUCCAGAUUGGUAGCAUCCAAUGUCUCACCAAUAUCAAAUCAUUUAGCACCUGCACCUGCACCUGUACCUGCAACUGCAACUGCACCUUCACCUGCACCUGCACCUGCACCUGAACUUGCACCUGCACCUGCAACUGAACCUGCACCUGCACCUGCAACUGCAACUGCAACUGCAACUGCAACUGCAACUGCAACUGCACCUGCACCUGCACCUGCACCUGUAACUGUAACUGGUGUUUACAGGAGUGGCCAUGAUCAAGAGAAUCUUGCUUGCAGGGAGCUGGCAAAAGGAUCGAGUGGAGGAACUAAGGCUCUUGUUCCAUAUCAAAAUAUGAAUCAAGAACGUUUUUGUUACUUACCAUCAAAGGGUGCUCCUGCCCCUUUAGCAACCAAAGUGUUCUACUCUCAAAGGAACAAUCGUCUACGGUUAGCAAUGGACCAACUUUAUUAUGAGUCAUCAGCUAAGGAACACUUCUCUGAGACAGUGGAUCCAACAGCACUUCCUGGAAAUUCAAUGAUGAUGUCACAUACUUCAUCCCUUAGGAACUCCACCAACCAAAUAAAUGAUGAACAUGAUAAGGAACAGGUAGGGAAAUGUCCCCUGGCUUCUAUGCAAACUACACCUGAUCAUAAUGUGAAUAAUAUGUCAAUACAUGAAGCAGAACCCAAUGGACUGAUGAUCAGCAGUAGAUAUAAUAUACCAAACAACCCUUAUUCUUUUGCAGGCAAAUCUGAGGCACAGCUAGGCAACGCGCAGCAGUCUAAAAGAGGAAGGCUUCCGGUUAUUUAGUCUGAAGUUGUUCUGAAAUUUUGGUAGGUUAAUUUUUUGUGGCCAACAAUCUGCCUGGAAAAUGAACAGGAUAUAGCGGAGAUUUGGAUUAGUAAAUGAACAAACGAAUCUGAAAAAGUGUUUGGUUUAGUAUCGAUAUAUUAUGUGAUUGAAUCCCAAAGUUGUACUCCAAUUUCAGAUUAUUUCCCCAAAUUUAAAAUACUACAUAAUUUAUUUAUUUUUUAUCACUUAAACCAAGCAGUCAUGUGUGGAUGGAUUAUGGAUAAAUACAAGUGGAGACAAUCAUUUGUGAUUUCUAGUUAA